GCGCUGCUAAAGAGGAGAAGAAGGAGAAGAAGAAGGAGGAAACAUGGCGGCGCCGUCCAAGAAGGUGUUCGAGGUCUUCGUGUCAAAGAUACCAUGGACGACAGCCGGCAAGGAGAUGAGGGAGUACUUUGGACAAUUUGGCCCAGUGAAGAGGUGUCUUCUUCCAUUUGAUAAAGACACAGGCUUCCACAGAGGAUUCUGCUGGGUGGGCUUCACAACAGAGGAAGGACUGAACAAUGCACUUCAGAAAGACCCACACAUGGUGGAGGGAGCAAAGCUGCAGGUUCAGAGGAACAGACGUCCAUUUGCAGGGCAGAGGUCAAACAGAGACGGUGAACAUGACUGAAGCUCCGAUACUGCUGUGUGGAAGAGACUGACAUGUGCUAUUGUUAUCGCCUGGCCCAGUUCACUAAGAAUGCGUUUGCCCCUGCUGCCUAUUUGCGGGACAUUUAGACCAGUAUGACCCAAGUUUGUCCUUUGAACAUCUUCAGUGACUUUGGGCCUGACCAUGAUUGCCGAUGUUUUAAUGCUCUGUGCAGUAGUAGUGCUAUUUAUUGUCAGCGAUAGGGUUGUACUUCCUGUAAGCAUCCUGUCACACUCCAUCAACAGUAAAUAAUGCCUUUAUAAAACAUAAUUUACUGAUCUCAAGUGUAAAGCAGUAAAAACAGUGUUGGAAUCA